CAGACACGUCGAGAGCGAAGCUUUUAGCAAAACUUUGACAUAUUGAGCUUUGAUUUCUAGAUAAGAUUAUAUCUACGAGGUUGAUUAAUUGGGAUUCAUAAUUGGGUGAUCAUGGAGUCGCUCUAUCACCAAACGAAUCGUCUGGUACAAGAAAUCCAGACCGAUUUAGGCCGACUUGAAAGAGCCACCGGGGAUGAUGUCCAUCUGGUUGAAAACGAAGUACAAGCUCAUCUGGAUCAUAUUAUCAGUAAUUGUGAAAGACUUGAAAUAUUAGUGAAUAAAGAACCAGCCACCAGACGUGCCAAUGCUAAAUUACGUGUGGACCAGCUGAAAUACGACUGCCAACAUUUACAGAGUGCUUUGAGACAAAUACAACACAAAAGAUAUUUACGGGAAGAAGAAGAUGCUCAAAGAGAAGCGUUAUUAUCACGAAGUUUUACCACCAACGAUGCGGACACUUCCAUUAUGAUAGAUGCUUCCUUACAGCAUCACACCAGUUUACAAAACGCCAACCGUGGCAUGGACGAUUUGAUUGGCUCAGGCACAGGAGUUCUCCAAAAUCUUCGGGAACAGAGAUUUACGUUAAAAGGAGUGCACAAGAAAGUUUUAGACAUUGCGAACACUCUAGGACUGUCAAACACAGUGAUGCGAAUGAUUGAAAAGAGAACUAGUCAAGACCGUAUUAUUUUAUUUGCAGGAAUGAUAAUCACCUGUAUAGUCAUGUAUUUAGUAUGGAAAUAUUUUACUUGAAGCCAUUCCGAGCUUUCUUGACUUGUAUUCAAUUUGAAAAUAAUCUCUGAAGAUCAUAUGCCAAUAUUUGUUAUCAAUCUGCCAAUAUUUGUUAUUAUUCUGCAAAUAUUUGUUAUUGAUCUUUUCAUAAAAGUAAUUUGUGAUCCACAGUAUUCAAGGAUAACAACUUAGGAUAUGAUCCUUGUCCAAACCUCUUAAUAACAACUGGUUCAUUGUUAUUAAUCCCAUAUGGAUCUUUAACCAGUCAUUUGUUAUCCUUAGAAUGUUAUCCUUUCAGCUGCUCCUUGGUCAUUGUUAUUAAUUCCACAUGAAUCUUGUAACAAUUUGUUAUCCUUAUCUUAUUCAAUUAUAAAACUUAAGGAUCAAGAUCAAUUCAGAUGAUCCUUAACCUAACCUGAAAUUUCAGUCUGGUUUUUUUUUUGGGACAGCAUGAUAGCUUUAAAGCUUGUCAAAAUGUGGCAAAAGAUUUAUCUGGCUGGAUCAAAUUUUUAUGUAAUUAAGAGAUUAUUGUGAAGGGUAUUGUUGUUGAUGUCAAAAUUCUUUAGAAUGAAUGAAUGAAUAAAUUAUUAUUUUAUAAAA